AUGUCACACCGCGACGAUGACUCUCAAGCGAACGCCACCCAGGGAUCUGACGGCGCUGAGGAGUACGACAGGGACAUCGAAGAGGCCCUCGGCAACUAUGAAGACGCCCCGGAUGAGGAGGAAGAUGAGGGUGAAGAUCUUUUCGGAGACAACAUGGAACGAGAUUAUCGCGAACAGCCCGAGCUCGAUCGCCUCUCCGAAUCCGGCCUCGACGACGACUCUGAUGUCGACGAAUACGAUCCGGAGGCCAGACGGCGCGCCGAAGCCGAGAUGAAUCGCCGCGACCAAAUCGACGACCCGGAUCGGCUGCUCUUCGGGCCGAUGGAGACUGACGGACGCAAGGAUCGGCGUAGACGUGGAAGGCGCGGACUUGACGAAGAUGAGGAGAUGCCAGAAGACGAGGACGAAAACAUCCCGAUCGACAUCAUCGAGAACAUGCGCGGACGGUCGAUGAAGGAUCACGUCAAUGACGAGGCCGUCGGGCGGGAGAUUGAGCGCCGUUUCAAGAAGUUCAUCCGCACGUUCCGCGAGGAGGGCAGCAGCCGGAUCAAGUACAUGGACGCCGUCCAGAAGAUUUGCUCUGAAAACAAGGAUUCGAUCACGGUCAACUACGACGAUCUGUCGGUGGAUUGCGGCGAGCAGAAUAUCGCCUACUUCUUGCCCGAAGCCCCGCUCCAAGUGCUUGCUCGCUUGAACAAGGCCAUUUCCGACAUUGUCUUCGAAGUCUUCCCGUUCUACAGGAAUAUCUGUCCCGAAAUCAAGGUCCGUGUCAGCGAUCUGCCCGUCCAGGAGAACAUCCGGAUGCUCCGCCAGCUUCAUCUCAACAUGCUCGUCCGCACCUCUGGCGUCGUCACCCAGACCACAGGAAUCCUGCCGCAGCUGUCAUUGGUGAAGUACGACUGCGUCGUCUGCAAGUACCUGCUCGGCCCCUUCUACCAGCAGCAGAACGAGGAGGUCAAGCCGACGAUCUGCCCGUCGUGCCAGAGCAAGGGUCCGUUCGAGCUGAACGUGGAGAAUACGAUCUACCAAAACUUCCAACGUAUCGUCAUCCAAGAGAGCCCGAACAAGGUCGCCGCCGGCCGCCUGCCACGCAGCAAGGACGUCAUCCUCCUCGGCGACCUUUGCGACAGUUGCAAGCCCGGAGACGAGAUUGAGGUGACCGGCAUCUACACAAACAACUACGACGGCGCGCUCAACUUCAAGCAGGGCUUCCCCGUGUUCACCACCCUCAUCCAGGCCAACCACAUCUACAACCGGGACAAGGUCGAGGAGAACCCGCUCAGCGAGGACGAGCUGAAGAUGAUUCGCGAGCUGUCGAACGAUCCGCAGAUUGCCGACCGAGUGUUCGCCUCCAUCGCCCCGUCAAUUCACGGCCACCAGGACGUCAAGAAGGCCAUCGCGCUCGCGCUGUUCCGCGGCGAGUCGAAGAACCCGGGCGAGAAGCAUCGGAUCAGGGGUGACAUCAACGUGCUGCUCUGCGGUGACCCCGGAUGUGCCAAGUCGCAAUUCCUACGCUAUGCCGGCCACAUUGCCCCCCGCGCCGUGCUCACCACAGGCCAGGGCGCCUCCGCCGUCGGUCUCACCGCCUACGUGCAGCGCCACCCGGUCACCCGCGAAUGGACCCUAGAAGCUGGUGCUAUGGUGCUCGCCGACAAGGGCGUCUGCCUGAUCGACGAGUUCGACAAGAUGAACGACCAGGACCGUACUUCCAUCCACGAGGCCAUGGAGCAGCAGUCGAUUUCCGUGUCGAAGGUCGGCAUUGUGACGUCGCUGCAGGCUCGCUGCACCGUGAUUGCCGCCUCGAACCCGAUCGGCGGCCGCUACGAUCCGUCGCGCACUUUUGCCGAAAACGUCGACCUCACCGAGCCGAUCCUCUCGCGUUUCGACGUGCUCUGCGUCAUCCGCGACGUCGUCGACCCGAUUGAAGAUGAAAAACGUGCCCUGUUCGUCGUCAACACCCACAUGAACCACCACCCGGACAACGCCGAAGAAGUUCAGGUGGGAUUUGUAGCUUCGCGAAAAUUUUUGGCUUGGGCGGACAACAACGAGGUCGGGACGCGCUACAUCCCGCAAGACCUCCUGCGCAAGUACAUCAUCUACGCCCGCGAGAAUGUGCACCCGAAGCUCAGCGAGAAGUACGCCGAGAAGUUCUCCCGCCUCUACGCCCAGCUCAGGAAGGAAUCGCUGGCCACCGGCUCCGUUGCCGUCACGGUGCGUAUGGUGGAAUCAAUGAUCCGACUGUCCGAAGCGCACGCCAAGAUCCAUCUCAGGUCUUACGUGAACGAGGCCGACGUGCAGGUGGCCAUGCAGAUCAUGCUCGAGUCGUUCAUCAACACCCAGAAGGCGUCGAUCAAGCGCCAGAUGCAGCGCAACUUCUCCAAGCACCUCACCGCCAAUCGGUCUCCGGAUGAGCUGCUGCUCUUCACCCUGAAGCAGAUGGUCAACGACCAAGCCCGCUACGACAACGCCCAGGUCGGCGCGCGCGGAGAUGGCGGAAGUCUGCCCGAAAAGGUCGUCAUCGCUGAAGCGCCAUUCCUGGAAAAGGCUCGCCAACUGGGCGUCGAGAACAUCCACAACUUCCUGGAGUCGAAGACGUUCCAGCGCAACAACUUCACCUACGACCCGGCCAAGAAGACGAUCACCCGCGAGGUGUUCGCCCCGCUGCGCACCAUCAACCAGCCCAGCUCACAAGACGAU